AUGGGAAAUUAUUUUAGCACAGAACCCGAUCCCGCCCCGACGAAUGUUGGGCCAGGCCGCAAAACACUGAUAGGUGGGCUAGCCACAAGACUCGCCGGAGGUCACCAAAACGAGGAGGAGAAGAUGGAAGAGCUCAAAAACACUUUUGAUUAUUUCGACAAGGAUGGAUCUGGCGAGAUUUCCAUCGAUGAAGUUCGCUGCGCCCUAAAUGCUUUUGGCUUCUUUCCAUCUGAGGCAUUUCUUCAAGAGUGCCUGGAGAAGUUUGACUUGGACAACAAUUGCUUGAUCGACUUUGACGAGUUCAAAUUCAUGUAUGCAACGUUGAUGAACGAUACGCCUAAGACCGUUGCCGCGGAACUGUGUGAAGUUUUCAAUACUCUGGAAGUUAUCGACAAAAGAAAAGCAAACACUGUUGGCUACCACGGUAUGGGCAACGACGAAGACGGCUUCAUUCCAGAUAGAGAGAACCCUCUCUACUUCUCAAACUACCAUCCAACAGGAACUGUAGCGGUCGAAGAUGUCGUCAGAAUGCUCACGAUGACCGGGACUAAUCUGGACGAAAGCGAGGAGUGUUCAGCUAUUAGCGAGCAAGAAGCAAGAACUUUUCUAUCGCUCUUUGACAAGGACGAAAGUGGAAGAGUCAAAACAUCACAUCUUGUUGGAUAUCUUACUGAGAGUCAUUGA